UGACCGAGCUGGAAUCCAAAUUUGCAUUCGAGAAUGGAGUCACAGAUGAGACGAAAGCGGAACUAGCUUUCCGUUGUAAGAGCUCGAUGAAACUCGCGCUCCCUGAUCCGAAGCUCCCACACCGCCUUCCCCAGUUUUCUUCACCUAGACCUUCGAACGAACUUGAUGCGGCAGCCACCAAGCUGCAGAACGUCUACAAGAGUUACCGAACCAGAAGAAAUCUAGCAGACUGCGCCGUCGUGGUCGAGGAGCUCUGGUGGAAGGCAUUAGAUUUUGCUUCUCUGGAGCAUAGCUCUAUGUCAUUCUUCAAAGUUGAAAAACCAGAGACGGCGGUUUCGAGAUGGGCAAGGGCUCGGACCAGAGCAGCCAAGGUUGGCAAGGGUUUGUCCAAAGACGAAAAGGCCCAGAAGCUAGCACUACAACACUGGCUGGAAGCGAUCGACCCCCGUCAUCGGUACGGCCACAAUUUGCAUUGCUAUUAUGAUGUGUGGUUCGAGAGCGAGAGCACCCAACCAUUCUUUUACUGGUUGGAUGUCGGCGAUGGACGGGAAAUAAAUCUCGAAAAGUACCCAAGAAGCCAUCUUCAGAACCAGCGCAUCCAAUAUCUUGGACCGAAAGAGAGGGAAGCAUAUGAAGUCAUGGUCAAGGAUGGAAAGCUUGUCUACAAAGUGAGCGGAAUGCCUGUUAGUACAACGGAAGGUUCCAAGUGGAUAUUUGUCCUCAGCACAUCGAGAGUAUUGUACGUGGGACAGAAAAAGAAAGGCGCGUUCCAGCAUUCGAGUUUUCUAGCUGGGGGAGCGACAACAGCUGCCGGAAGAUUGGUUGCUACGCAAGGGGUACUCCAGGCGAUAUGGCCAUACAGCGGUCAUUACCUCCCAACCGAGGAUAAUUUCAAGGAAUUUAUCACCUUCCUUGAGAACAACGAUGUAGACCUCAGCAAUGUCAAGAGGUGUUCCGUCGACGAUGAUGACUACCCCUCCUUGGAGAAACGGAACGAUGAGAUAGAAGCUGACGCUAACAAGGCUGAUGCAUUAGCAGUUUCCACUACAGUCGAGGUCACGGAAGCUACGGAACCUUCGGAGGACCCCAGGCCAGACGAAACCAUGGAAAACAGAGUGGACGAGGUGGUGGCGUCGGAGUUUGACAAACGCAUAUCAUGUAGAUGGACUACAGCUGCCGGGGCUCGCAUCGGGUGCGUUCGGGAUUACCCACCUGAUCUCCGAUCCAAGGCACUCGAGCAAGCGAACCUCUCACCGAGAGUUACUCCGUCACCCAGCGGAAGCAGAGUCCCCAUCCCGUCUCCACGACCAAGCCCCAGGGUCAGGCUGUCCCCUAGGCUUCAGUACAUGGGCAUUCCGACCCCCACCGUCGCCCUCACACUACCUAAGCACGUAAGGAGAUGAUGUGAUGACGGCUCUACCAACCACGAAAUAGAAACCGGCCGUGAUCUCCUGGCCGAAACUGACUUGUGGCACAC